AUCAGCCAUCGAGAGGGUGGAUGGUGCGGAAUGACGUGAGCCAUCGAUCUGGGUUAGUGCCGUCGAUCUGCCGAAAGUACAACCCUCGAAAAUUCGAGAACACAAGGGAGUUCUGUAUGAAAUCUAAGAAGAUCCCAACUCAGUAAUGGUGGUCUCAAUUCGGGCGCUGAGUAUCUGCUGUUUUGUGGUAAUCAGUCUGUCAUCGAGCCAGGUGUCCGCCGAUGAAAAAUAUCUGCUCUACGACGUGAGUCCGAACGAGGGUUUCAACCUUCGACGAGAUGUCUACCUCCGGGUCGCGAGAUUCGCCAAGGAUGUGGGUUACACGCUGGUUCUGCCUCCGUGGGGUCCUCUUCCCCAUUGGAAAGGCCCAUCGGGCCUAAUGUGGCAGAAUUUCUUUGACAUCGAAAGCCUCAACAACUACACGAAAGUGAUAGAAUUCAGAGAUUUCAUGGAUCAUUUUGUCGGCGAUGUGCUCAUCGACAAUGUCUACGUUCUGAAGCACGCUCCUCUGACGAACAACAUCGACGACGCCUUUCGUUCUGUGGAAUGCGGCCGAAACAUAGGAUACAGACUCGAGAAUGGAUUAUACGAGGGCUACUUCUUCAAUGAGGAGAAGAUCAAGGCUCGCAAAGUCACUUGUCUGGAAAUCACUGGGGUGAGCUCUGCUCUAGCUCCUCUUUUCACCCACGACUCGGCAGUGAUGAUUGACCAUGCCGAGGUUGUCCUACACGACGGUUUUGGCGACGAAGAAUACUGGAAAUUGAGGAAAUCCAUGGUCUUCGCGAAGAAAUUGCGGAACGAAGCGGAGUACUUCAUCAAAACUCGAUUUGGGAACGAAAAGUUCCUCGCUGUGCAUCUGCGACGUUCUGACUUCCCUAUUGUCAGGCCGAACGACGUUCCGAGCAUACGCGGCGCCGCUGAACAAGUGAAGAAAAUUAUGCGAGAUCGUGGCUUGAAGAACGUUUUCUUAGCCACCGACGGUGACGAUAAGGAGGUCGAACAGUUCCUUCGACUCGUUCCGGAGACUCUCGUUUACCACCGAUCUACGGUCAGAUUCGAAAACUCUCAGAAUCUCAUCGAAAAUUCGAGUCGGGAUCUCUGCGAUAGCCCCGAUACUAUGAAGGGCGUCGCUGUGCCAGGUGUCGUCUCCAAACAAUGCUCUGGGAACCGAGGCGAUCUGGACAAACCCUGCCGACCGCUGAACGGACACUGUGGGUCAGUCGAAGAAGAUCCCGUUCUCAAAGAGCUCUCUAUGGAAGAGAAAAUUCUCCCUGGAGGUGGGAGUUGUCCCAACGAGGAACAGGAGCGAACCUUAUCGGAGUCGCGCGAGUUCCCGGAAAGUUGCGGGAAGCCCGAACUCUCCGUCGGCAAGCCCUCGCUCUUCCAAAGCUCCUGUCCCGAUGGAUCCAGCGCUAAUUUCGAGUCGAUCGCGGCAGAGCAGAAUCUGCUCAAAACUAGUCAUGAGAAGUGUGAAAAUGAAGAUCAGGAAAAAGGUGUGAAGGCCCAAUCGAAAGUCAAGUUCGAACCCAAAUGCCCAGACAGUCGUUCUCUGGAUCAACCGUGCACCGACAAUAGCUGUCCCUCCGUUGCCCAACAUCGGAGUGAGCCUCAACUAACAGGGAAAUCGAACGUGAAAGCUGUCGACAAAGGCACCACCGAAUCCCCCAAGACCUGUGACUGCUCGGACAGCACGGAAUUGGGCAUGGCUUGCGCAGGGGAUACGUGUACACCAGGAGAGCAUGCGGAUUCAAUCGAAGGCGAAUCUCAUCGGCCUCGUCCGCCCUCGCUAACUGAAGGCCAAAUCGCGAUAGUCGAUCAGAUCAUCUGCUCGAAAGCCGAGAUGUUCGUGGGAUCGUUCGAGUCGACAUUUUCGUUCCGAAUUCAAGAGGAACGAGAGAUCCUGGGUCGAGCUCCUGAUACGACUUUCAACCGACUCUGCGCCGAUGGGGAAACAGACUGUCGGCAACCUACGAGGUGGACGAUCGUGAACUAACGGGAGACGGACGCACGUUCGAGCUCAGGAAACCUUGAACGAUCCGAAGCGACCGAUCGGAGCCCGAAUUUGUCUCUGAUCUGAUUCUUCCCCGACCUGAGAGGUGUCAGUCAGUCAGACGACUCAGUGUUGACCUGAUCUCGAACCGGAGUUCUGACACGGGAGGAGGAUUAUCUCUUUUGCGAAGGUUUGGAAGCUGACGUCGGGGGAUGUCCGACAAUGUAAAAAGACGUGAUGAAUAAAUUGAG